AUGAAGACGACAGGUAUCGAGUUUCCAGAGCAGCCAUGGGAAGCUCAAAUAUGGCACAAUAUCGCCAGUGAAGAGUGGACUGCACUCCCGCUUAGAAAGUGUCAAAAUGUGACCCCCUUGCUAAGUGGAAACGACGCAGAACAUCGUUACUAUCGUCACGUAUUCUCCGAGCAGCUUAUCUUACCCCCCAACGGGGGUUAUGGCCAGUUUACAGUCCGCUUUCGCACGUGUCCAACUGCCGACUGGCAGUGGGUAAAUCAGAUUCAGCAGUCGAACGAUGGCCAGAUUGUUUUCCCACCGCGGACGCCUGUGGUUGAGUCGAAUACCGACGUCCUCAGUAGAUACUUCAGCAAUCUAUCGCACGACGUCGAGGUUCAACCUCGCAAAAGCGAGGCUCCGGGAUCUGCAUUGUGGCAUAUUUCUGGGGAAACGCAGUCCGCCGAUGGCAAGGAACCUGGACUUCGAGAUGUCGUCCUCGGAAUUCCAACAUCAUUAGUCCGGUACUUUGCCCUCGUACGCAUAUGGACGCCAUGGCUGGGGCCCAGACACGGAAGGCAGAAGUUCAGAUUGGCAGAGGAUGCCAUCCUGUGCUCAUUUCUUCGGACCGAUGGUGUGCACGUUGUCCUUCUGGCCAUCUCCGGCAUAGACAACGUCCUGACAGUGCUCGGAUCGGGUGAAAAUGGCGAGGUAAUCGUGAAAACGAAAAGUGACAGCGAUCAACCAUCGAAUUUUCAAGUUCUCGCCUCUGCGGCUGAUAGCUUCGACGUUGCCAUGAGUGCUGUGGUCUACGAGGCACGAAAAGCGGUGCGACCAUAUGGCGCUGACGAACCUGAGCGUGUCCCCACCCCGGUUUCGCCGCUUGGAGAUGAUGUGGUCCUGGUUGAGAAGGAUCCGGAAGCUCAAUGGCUUUCUGAAUGGUACGAUGCGUUAACCUACUGCACAUGGAAUGGUCUUGGUCAGGAUUUGAACGAGGAUAAAAUCCUUCGUGCUCUGGACACUCUGGAGAAAAACGGAAUUCAGAUUGCAAACCUCAUAAUAGAUGACAAUUGGCAAAGCCUGGAUCAUGAAAAAGAGGUCCAGUUCAAGCGAGCAUGGCAGCGGUUCGAAGCCAAUAAGCACGGAUUCCCAUACGGACUGAAACAUACCGUCGAGAACAUUCGACGAAAAUACCCCAAGAUUGCACAUAUUGGCGUGUGGCAUGCCAUGUUCGGGUACUGGGGAGGGAUAUCCCACACAGGAGAGCUGGCGACACAGUACAAAACAAAAGAAAUAGAUAUUGUGAAUCCCUGUGCCGGAGGACCCAUUGCCCACGCAUUCGAGAAGGGAUCUCUUUUGAUCAUAGACCCGGAAGACGUGCAGCGUUUCUAUGAUGAUUUUUACGACUUCUUACGAUCUAUUGGGAUCGACGCCGUGAAGGCAGAUGCUCAAUUCUUUCUGGACCUCGUGAAGAACGCCGACGACAGGCGGGACAUCAUAAAUGCAUACCAGGAUGCAUUUUCUAUAUCGUCCUUGCGACACUUUGGAACAAAGACACUGUCUUGCAUGUCUCAGUUCCCUCAAGCUAUCUUCCACUCUCAGCUUCCCACGAACAAGCCCACCAUUCUGCUGCGCAAUUCAGAUGACUUCUUUCCUGAAGUGCCAGCCUCGCACCCAUGGCAUAUCUUCUGCAAUGCCCAUAAUGCGCUCCUCACACGCCACCUCAAUGUGCUUCCUGAUUGGGACAUGUUCCAGACUAGUCAUCCAUAUGCCUCAUUCCAUGCGGCCGCAAGAUGCGUAUCCGGGGGACCAAUAUACAUCACUGACGAGCCGGGGAAACACGAUCUCGCGCUUAUCGACUCAAUAACUGCGCCCACUACCAACGGGCGCACAGUUAUCCUUCGGCCUGGAUUAGUCGGGCGGACCAUCGACACAUACCACGAUUACAAUGAAGGCCAUAUGUUGCGAGUCGGCACAUAUUGUGGAUGGGCACAAACAGGAAGCGGGAUCCUCGGGCUUUUCAACCUCUCCUCCUCCAGUAUAUCCUCCAUAAUAUCGUUGCUGGACUUCCCAGGGAUUCACGAGGAUUACACUGGAAAGUAUCUGGUCCGUGCCUAUACAAGGGGCAAAGUUACCGAGCCCAUGAGGCCUGGGGACGAUAAUUCCACAGUGGCAGUGAACCUGGACCACAAAGGCUGGGAAAUCCUCACAACGUACCCGCUACACACUCGCACCAUGAAGGGAGACAAAGAAUGCAGCGUUGCUAUUCUCGGGCUCUUGGGAAAGAUGACUGGUGCCGCGGCUAUAGUCAACUCUGAUAUCCAGGUCGAGCCGAAUGGCAGGCUGCGGUGCGACAUCAGCCUAAAAGCUUUGGGUACACUAGGGGUGUACUUCUCCUUACUGCCGGAGUGGAGCGUCGAAGUGAACUUCAUGGUCAUGAUACUGGGUCGGCCCGUGCCACGAAAGACUGUCAAGAAGGAUGGAGGGAGUGAUACGACCAUCUUGGCCGUGGACGUGUUGACGGCGUGGAGGGAGAUGCGGCUAAAUCCCGGAUGGAGCAACGAGGUCAUUGUACAGAUUUUUGUAGGAUGA